AUGACAGAACAACAAAUUGGUAAUGAUAUAACAAAUGAACUCAUCAAUGAUACAUUGGCAGCUACAAAUAAUGGCGAAUCAUUAUCACAAGCAGAAGAACAGCUAAACAACAAUGUAGAAGAAAUGCCAGAAGAUGUCGCUGUUGAAUAUGAAAAAGAUCAAGAAACAAAACCAAAAUAUAAUACUAUAGUUUCAUCAAUAUUAAGAAUUUUAACUUCUACUUCGAUAAAUUUACUUUUACCAUUCAUUAACGGGUUGAUGCUAGGCUUUGGCGAAUUAGCAGCUUAUGAACUUGGUUGGAAUAUGAACUGGUUCCCAUAUGUAAGAAGGAAUACUAUAGAGAACUACGCUCUUAAAACAACUUCCUUAAACAAUGGUAAAAGAAAUAAUAAAUUUACUGUUACUGGUGGUGAUUUUAAACUAUACCCUGAAUAUAGAAAAAACGGAGGUAAAUUUAGUGAUAAUUCUAAAAGUGCGUUUCUAUGA